CGUGACUCUAUAAUGGUAACAAAAAUUUAUAUAUAUGGAAUACUCCCUCCGUCACACUGUCUUUGUCCACUUAUCUUUUGGCACACCAUCCAAUGCACUUAUUUAAUCCAUUUUAUCUUGUAAUUUGUAUAUUAAAAAAUUAAAGAAAUUAUAUAUUAAUAAUCUAUAUGUUAAGACAAAUCAAACAAGAUCACACAUGACUAUAUUUAGGCUUACACAUUGAGAGAAUUUGAUGAGUCAAAAGCCCGACGGAUGUUCUACCACAUUCGCCUUUGCCCCUCCACCUCUCCUAGCAAGCCCUUCCUCUCGGAUUCUCAACCGCGUGAGCAGUUGCUCCAGGUUCAGCUCCGCUCUUUUGAGCUUGAGAUCGGCUUGGAAGUCUUUCCAAGAGCGUGGAAGUUUGUGGAUGAUGGCCACCACUUGAAAGGCCUCGCUUACGCCUACUUUCUCCUCAUUGCAUUUGUUGAAUAUUACUGUAAGCUCCUCAGCUUGGGUGAUAACAGAUUUGUUGUCGACCAUCUUGUACUCCAGCAUCUUUCCGACGAUGAACUUCUUUGUGCCGGCAUCUUAAGCUUGAUACUUUUUGUUCAAGCUGCUCCAAAGCUCCUUGGCAAGCUUUGCACCAGCGUAGACGGGGUACAACAUCUCGGCCAACCCCUCGAGGAUAAUGUUGAUGGCGAGAUAGUUAUUGUGGUACCAUGCUUGGUUCACCAUCGCCACGAGGAGGUCGUUAGCAUCGUUGGGCCGGGGAGGAUCUUGCUGCAGGUACUCCGCAAAUCCGAGGACGGUCAAGAAGAACGUCAUCUUUUGUUGCCACAUUUUGAAGUUCGUGCCAUUGAACUUCGGUGGCCUCUGGGCCAAACUAGCGGGCACUGAAAUGGCCCCAACUGCAUUGGGCGUAUGGAGGAAAGGUCCAUUGGUCAUCCAAUGAGGUCCAACAAAUGGAUUGACCGGUG